CCUCAAUCAUUCCCAUCCUCGUUCAUCCGUCAGUGGCCCCUCUUCCUUUUCCAUUAUCAUGAGCAUGUCUUCCCCAAAACAUCUGCUCGCCUAGAUAUACCACUUCAUGCGACCUCCGUCAUCCGGGCCAUUACUAUGAGAACUCUCUUACCUGUUCAGGAGGGACGAAACAUGGUGGGUGCUGAAAAUUGACCGCACCGAGCCGACGAGCCUGGAAAUCGAAGAUUUGGUCGAGGUUAUUGAGAAGAAGCCUCGUGAGUCUUUGCAACGCGUACAAUAUGCGAAAGCCAUUGACCACAUAAACAAUGGGUUAUCAAAUGAUAAGCAGUUAAUGGUUAUUCAUAUGGACUUGAAGACUUGAAGCUGUGAGCUGUUUCCAUGCUUGCUAAUGGUGGGAUUUGCCUCAUUAGCUCAUUCAGACUUUCUACAUUGCCAACUUACUACAACAUCGUUACCUGAUCGCACUCUAAGGGAACAAAACGAUGUUACCAGUGCAAGUAGCAGUACUAGCAUGAAUGAACCCAAAUUUGGGAUAAUAGAGAUACUGCCAAUUGUGCUGCAAAAGGGAGUGCUCAAGACUAACUGCAUAGACAGCCGAGACCGCACAAACAGAGCCCAAAUUGUGGAUGGACUAGUCGGCUUGGGGCGCCAGCUGAAGGCAUUGGUGCAGACUAAGGGUUUGGAGAUUCAUAUAGAAGAGCCCUUGUCAAGCACCUUGAUGCUGUUCUAUGAGGAAAUGGGGGAUGCAUUGGCUCUUCAGUUUACUGGCUCUGCUGCUCAAAACAAGGAGUUUUGGAAGCAAAAAGGGCAGUGGAGUGCAAUGAAUAAGCUGACCCGGAACAUCCAACAUUUUGUGAGCAAUGCUUACAUGGACAGUGAAAAGCAGAAUUCUCCAAACAUAGAAGUUGUUGAUGUUUGCAUUCUAUUUCAAAUUCUUGGGACAUUUCCAACCCCAACUGGGAAAGCCUCCAAUUUGGAGGUUUUGGCUUGGCUAGCACCCGCCAAAGGCAAGUAAUAGAAGAAACUCCACUGCUGUACAACCAUCCAACAAUCUCAAAAAUCUGCAACAUAUCUAACCACGUUGCGUGAAGGAUAUGAAACCGGUAGCAUGGAGGAAACAAAAAGGACUACUAUAAUUACUCAGCUUGUGAAAAAAAUGUUGAGAAAGUUCAUAUACUUGAGAAGUAAAGCCAGUGCCAGCAUCCAUUAUUAAAGCCCACAGAUUCGAACAAGAAGCUACUGAACUAAUGAACAAUCCAUCUUCAUUUCCUUCUGUAAUAUGCUGUGCCAACGUACCAUCUGCAACAUUGUAGUGAUACCUGCAAAAGAAGUGUGGCUAGUGUGAAAUUAUACUGGUCUAGGCAACAGUUCAUAGGAUGCUCUGCAAGGAAUAUCAUAAAAACAUUUAUCCUGGCAUCUAUGUAAAAUAGACAUGAUUUGGGAUUACUAUAGGAGAAUCUUAACAAGGAGCACAUUCACAGUCCAUUCAAGUUCAAUUCAGUUCUGGUAUUAUAAGUGGAUCUGAUGAUGGGGUUAGUGAAAGAUGCCAAUCUUCUCGGGUCAGUUGAUGUGCAUUCAGUAUAUAUGAAGAAACAUAUCCUUGUGACAUUCAAUUUGUGUAAACUCUUAGCUUAGUUGACCACAUAGAUAAAGAUGGAAUGUUAAAAGGAGUAUUUGUUCAUGAUGUAAUUGUCUCCUCUGUAAUUACAGCCCAAAAAAACGUUGUUUUUGUUCUAUACAGUCUCUUUUCUCGAA